AUGACAAAAGCCGAAUCUGGAAAUGAUAAAGUUACUUUUAAAUUCAAGAUUCCUGCAAAGUUAGCGCAGGAACAGAGAUCUAUAUAUACUCCACCAUUUGCCACUACACCCGAUAUGUUUUGGCAGUUGAAAUUUCACCCGGAAAGUAAAGAACAUAAAGAUUAUUGUGCAUUAUGGUUAAUUGCUUUGCCUAAUCCACAAGAAAAAUAUUCGGCAGAUUUAUGGUCAACUCGUGCAGAAUAUUCAAUCUCCUGUAUGGGAUUACCACAAGAGGGAGAAAUAACAAUUGGUGUGAGAUUUAAUAAAGUUCAAUUUUCAUCUGAACGUGUUUCAACUCCACUUCCAUUGUCACAAUUCCCUUCAGAAUUAAGUAAAGCCUGGAAAGCUGAAUUAAAUCAACCUGAAAUAUCUGAUGUUCAAUUCAAUUUUUCAAGUUGUGAUGGAACGGAAUGUUCCACAUUAUAUGCAAGAAGUUCAAUACUUUCUGAACGAUCAAUAUAUUUCAAAUCAAUGUUUCAACAAGGAAAAUGGUCAGAAUCUAAGAAAAUUAAUAAGAAUGGUUCAAUGGGAUCAUCAAUAGGUAGAUUACUUUCAAAGAAAUCAUGGAAUGAUUGGUCAUUGGGAAAGUUUAGAAAAGUUGAAGAUUUAUUGGAAGUUUACAAAAAAUUAAAAUAUCCAAAUAUUUAUAAUACUAAAACUUCUGAUGCGUUAGUUUCUAAAGAACCAUUAACGCCAAUGAAAUCAAAAUCAGAAGAAUUUCAUCAUUCAACAAAAAAUUCUCAAGAAUCUUCUUUAGAAACCUCAUUAACAAAUUUACCAAAUUUAACUUCAAAAACUUCAUCAUCAUUACAAAAUAUACAAAAUAAUAUAAAAAUUAAUAACGAUAUUUUAGAAUUAUCAUCUUUACCAAAAAAUAUAGUUCAAACGACUCCUCUUGAUCUUAAUGUACCCAAAAAAUAUAUUGUUACCGUAACGGAUUGUCAUCAAGAAACAUUCAAAGCAAUGUUACGAUUCCUUUACACUAAUCAGAUUGAUUUUUAUCCAUCAUCAUCACAUCGUAGACCAAUUGAUAUUUUCAUAAUAGCCGAUAAAUAUUUGAUAACAGAUCUAAGGGAUAGAGCUAAAACUAAAAUUCUCAAAGAUUUAACACCUGAAAGUGCGAUCGAAAUGUUAUUUAGUUUUGACAAAUGGUUAUGGGAAGAUUUGAAAGAAGUUAUAAUGACAUAUGUGAUUAGAAAAUUUGAUGAUGUUAAAGAAACCGAAAUCUUUAAAGAACUUUUCACCAAGUUUGAAGUUUAUGAAAAGGAAAAUAAUGAGGAUAAAGAAAUUAAAGAUGACAAUAACGAAAGAUUUGAGACGGAUAAUAAUGAAGAAACUGAAUCUUGUGAAUAUGAUGAAGUAACAUUAUAUAAAUUAGAAUUAUUUAAAGAAUUAAUUGAAAGAGGUGAAAAAGGAAACAAUAAAACGAGUGAGACCAAAAAGAACGAUGAUAAUAAAUAG